AUAAAGGACAUGACUGCAAGUUAAAGAAGACAUCACCAACAGCAUAUUGUGAUUGUUGGGAGAAAUGUAAAUGUAAAGCAUUGAUAGCUGGUCAACAGGGAGCUCGUAGCACCUUACUUAGUCGUCUAUUGAUAGAAACAGAUCUAGUCACCUUACCCAAUAGCAAGGGUGAGAAUAUUUUAUUGUUCCUAGUACAGACUGUAGGAAGACAGUUAACAGAACAACGUCAGUUUCGCCCUUCAAGAUCUCGAGUAACUAGCUCACGGAAACCACCUAUAGCUGCUGAAAUGGAUAUAGAAAUGCCUGAACAUGAUUUGGAGCCACCAAGGUUUUCCCGUCGAGCUCUGGAGAGAAUACUCAAUGAUUGGACAGCUGUUAAAGCCAUGUUGAUGAGUGGUGAAAAAGAUUCCUCAAGUCCUGAUAUAAUGUAUGAAGAUCAGAUGUUUCUACACUGUCAGAGUGGUACAGCUAGACUUGAUAAAUUUACACAUUGUUUACUCGUUAAAUGUAGCUUUGAGAUGUUGGACACUCUACUGACAACAUUAAUCCGAGAAAUACAGAAUGAAAAUACAGCCAAUCGUAAAGAUGAAGCUAAAAAGGUUGCAAGGAGAUUUGUUCGAUCUGUGGCCAGAGUGUUUGUGGUAUUGAACGUUGAGAUGACACCAAACUUCAUCAAGAAACGAAACGCUGGUAUUACAGGAUGUCAACCUAUAACUAAAUGUAAACGUGUGUUUCAAGCAUUAAUACACCUGUCUAUAGAAGAACUAAGUGAGAUAGCGAACUCAUUGAUAUUACCUGUCAGGAUGGGUGUGGCUAGACCUACAGCACCCUUUUCUCUAGUCAGUGCUAGUCUUGAUGCAUUUCAGGGAAGCGAAGAAUUAUUUAAUGUUGAUCCCUUACCACCACGACCCUCAUCAGCUGAUUCUAGUAGCCAAUCGCUGUCUUUUAUUAGUAGUCGUCAUCACCCAGCACCUGUUAGUGAAGAUCAUGCCCAGAAUCAGCAUAGUUUAAACUUGUCUACAGCAGAUCCAGAGGUUGAAGUUGUGGAUGGUAUGGGAGGUGAAGAUGACCAAUCAGAACAUCACUCAGACAGAGAUAACCAAUCAGAACACCAUUCUGAUCGUGACAACCAAUCAGAACACUCAGAUCAUGAAGCAGAUCAUCCACCACCUGAUCCAGAAGAAGGACCUGCUGAGAGUGAUAUGGAUUUAGAUCUAUUGGCUGAAUCUGAGAGCGAUAGUGAUAGUAGUCAUAGCAACCAGGAUAAUGUCAGUAUUCAACGUAGUGCUGUUACUGCAGCAACUGCUGGAUCAGAUGCAGGUCUCGGCAGUUUGGCUCAUUUCUCAGAAGAUUCGGCUGAAUCAUCUAAUCAAGAGGAUGAUUAUGAAAGUGAAGCGGGUGAAAGUGAAGAACAUGAUACAGAUGAGUUUGUGUAUUUAGAUGAACAGUUAGAGAGACGUUCUACGCAACCUACAGGGUCACAAGGACAGAGAACUCUACAAGCACCUCAAUCUAUGCACUGGGCAUUACGUCAACGUGACCCCCCUAGUUCCAGACCACCACCAACUACUAAUACAACCACAGCUACAGGUGGAAGCAGUUUGAUAUACAUUGAUCCCACAGCUCUACGCAGGACUACUGCUGUCACAACUUCUGCACCAACCAAUCAGGAUAAAGCUGUUACUAUGGAAACAACAGCCAGCCAAUUAGGUCGGGCAUUUGGUAUUGUAGUACGACAGAUAACAGACUUAAUGAACAUGUUACCCAACUACUCAACACUGGCGCCCAAUUUACCCCGUGUGCUGGACAUACUCGAUAAUGACAUCAUUGAAUUACAGGUCUAUUUGGAGGGUCACAUGCAUCAAACGUGGGAUUGGCUCAUCUCAGUUUUAGAUACAACUGAAGCUCAGCUACGAUUUGGUACAGCUCUAAGUAACACAACUGAUCCUGUUGCACCUGCCCAUCUACAACAUCCUCCACCUAAUCGUAAUCUUCGGGAACGAUCAGCACAGCAACUGGAGACGAGAAUCUUACAGCAGAUAACCACAACAACGACUGGACGUAGAACUAGAUUUGGUGCUUAUGCAGGUACAGAUGGUAAUUCAGCUCGUCGUGAUUUCCUUACCUACGCCCUAUCAUUGAUGAGAGCCCACAGUGCAGAACACUCUGACAGUCUACCCAUAAUAGACAUUGCCGCAAUGAAACAUGUGGCUUAUGUAUUUGAUGCUCUCAUCUACUACAUGAGAAGUGGAGCCGAGACAGAUCUCGAUACAGUCCGUGAUGGAAUCUCUGUGACCUCUUGGCCUGAUCACGAAGAGAAUGAGAAUGAUGAACAUGAUGACGACACAAUUAAUAAUAGCGUUGCUAUGGACACAGAUAGCAUCGAUGGUGAAAAUGAUGCACUGUCUAAGCUUGGGCGCAAACAUCCCUUUUUUCAACGUUCUGACUCCACUACUUUCCUGGGGUGUCCACCACCAGACCCAUUCCAAACACCAUUAGUAGAAGCUCUACCAUUGGCUGAUCAACCGCAGCUGCUCCAAUCAAAUUCUAGACGAGAAGAUUUAUUUGGGAUGGGUAGACAAUCUUUUAUGACCAAACAGUCAGGGGAAACAAUUCAAGGAACAAAUCCUUUAGAUAAACUAUCGAAUGUAUCAUUAGCUACACGAGCGGCAAGGUUAUUUUCUGCAGGCUGCGUGAGCUCAGGAAAUCAAAACUUACCAAACAGUUCAACCACCAACACACCAACAUUCACUAUUGGUGCUGGUGCUUUGGGAGCCUCUCGGUCAUUGCCUAGCAACCAUAAUAAUAACACCACCAUCUUUAAUCUGCGCAGUAACACAAGAGAUUUUUCAGCAUCAGCUGAGGGAGGAAGCGUCAUAGUUGGUCUACAAAUUCCUCUUCCACCUCUCCCUGUUCCUCCCCAACCAAUGAACAUACCAACCGAUCUGUCUGUCUCAACCCAACAAGCUGUCAAUCAGAAUGUAGACACACCUACAUCAAGUGAAUCUCAAACUUCAGGAGCACAACCACCACCACCACCGCUACCUCUAAUGGUGUCAUCACAAUCUGGGUUGUCAGCAGUUUCUCAUUCAUUUAAUGUUUCACCCAUCCCUAGUAUGCAUAUUACAUCACAGCCCAGUCUGGUCAGUGUCUCUCAAUCUCUAGCCACUUCCAACAUCCCACUACCGCCUCAUCCAAGUCGGGUGACAGUUUCACAGUCUUUGGCAACCUCCAAUAUCCCGUUACCACCAUCUCUUGCCAGCUCUAGCAUUCAAAUAUCAACUCAGUCUGGUCUAGUGACAAUCCCACAGUCUCUGGCAAAUUCUGGUAUCCAAUCUCAUGCAGCACUAGUAACAGUUCCACAAUCUUUGGCCAGCUCCAGCAUCCAAUUAGCACAGUCACUGGCUAACUCAAUCCAACUUGCAUCGCCAACUCUGGUUACAGUACCACAAUCUUUAGCUAGUUCUGGCAUCCAGCUACCAGCGCAGCCUGCUCUAGUCACAGUUUCUCAUUCAAUGUCAAGCUCACCUAGCCACCAUUCUGGUAUGGUUACUGUUCCUCAGCCAAUCCUGGUUCCACAACCACCAGCUAGUUCUAGUAUCCAGAUCCUAACACAAGCUACACCUGGUCUACUACCAACACCUCUGCCACUGCUUGCUCCCCCUUUGGGUCCGGCAUUACAUUCUAGUGAUGGUGCGUCUUCAGUACCGAUAACUACUCCUAUUCUCAUUCCGUUCCCUACUACUUUACUCCAGCCACCAGCUCUGUUACCAGUUGUGACACCAUCUACAUCCAGUGCCCCCACUUCACGACCUUCAGCAUCAAGUGUUAUAGUACACUUCAGUUCUUCUCAGAGUACUCCAAGUCAGUCAGCAAUAACAGAAAGUGAAGAGAACCAGUCAGAAACAAGCAUGGACACAUCUGGACCUGCAGUAGGUGACAAACCUCCUGCUGCCUCAAGUGAUUCUGUUCCCAGUUCUUCAGAUGCACCAACACCUCCAAUAGAAGGCUCUGAUGAUAUGGUAGGAGCCAAUGAAAACGUUUCUAAUACAGUUGUCAUAGAAACAUCCUCAACCUCUCAAAAUACUACAUCAACAGUCAGGCCAGCAAGUAUAUUAGGUGAGAUGAUACCACAUGAUAUACUAUUGGGACGAUGGAGACUAGCUCUAGAUUUAUUUGGUCGCGUCUUCUGUGAUGAUGUUGGGUCUGAGCCAGGCUCCGUGAUCAGUGAACUUGGAGGAUUUCCUGUAAAAGAAAGUCGCUUUCGACGUGAGAUGGAAAAAUUGAGGAAUACCCAGCAACGGGAUUUUACUUUGGAGAAGGUGGAAAGAGACCGAGUAAGUCUACUAACAACAACGUUUAAACAACUAAACACACACUUUAAUCGGCGUACCAACACAACAGGACCACCUAUAGCUGUACAUAGAGUUAAAGUUACAUUUAAAGAUGAACCCGGUGAGGGGAGCGGAGUGGCUAGAAGUUUCUUUACAGCUGUGGCUAAUGCGAUUUUAUCACCAGAGAAACUACCCCCAUUAGAUGGUGUGAUGGUUGGAGGCAAGAGUAUACAAUAUAAUUUAAUUCAACGGUUACGAUCACGAGAGAGGGAAAGAGAACGAGAAAGGAUGCGAAUAUCAUCGAUGCAGAGACAGAGAAGUCGUGAUCGGGAACCAAGGCGAACCCUAUCCCACGAUGCUCCACCAUUCUACAUGCCUUCAGACGGAGGUUCAGGAUCAAACACACCCAAUCCCAGCGAACCUACAACUGAAGGUGGCGACACCAUAGCCCAGUAUAGAGGACAACUCGGUGAAAGGUUAUAUCCCAAAGUUCGAAAUAUACAGCCAACCAUGGCACCAAAGAUAACAGGAAUGUUGUUAGAGUUAUCUCCCGCUCAACUGUUACUAUUAUUAGCAUCAGAAGAUUCGUUACGUCAACGUGUUGAUGAAGCUGUUGAUAUAAUUAUGUCGAGAAGAGAAAUGAGUGCCGAGUCAUUAUUAGAUUUAGAUAUAUUCAACCUGUCAUCUGAUAAAAAGAAGUCAGGAUCGUCAGAUCGUAAAAGUGAUUUAGAUGAAGAGGAAGAAAUAGAUGACAGUGCUGCCCUGUUCUGGCAGCCCGGAAAACGGGGCUAUUACUCACCGAGAGCCGGUAAAAAUACACCAGAAAGAAUUAAUGCUUACAGAAAUGUUGGACGGAUAAUUGGUCUAUGUUUACUACAGAAUGAAAUCUGUCCACUAUUCUUUAAUCGUCAUGUAUUGAAAUAUAUAUUAGGACGUAAAAUAGCCUGGCAUGAUCUCGCAUUCUUUGACUCGGUCACCUAUGAAAGUCUGAGAACGCUGGUUGAAGAUGGUGAAACUAAAGACUCAUCUCUAAUAUUCGCUGCUUUAGAUUUAAAUUUCUGUGUUGAACUGUGUCCAGCUGAGGGAGGAGAACAAGUAGAACUUGUACCAGGGGGAGCUGAUAUUGAGGUUAAUGCCCAGAAUGUUCAUGAUUAUGUUAGAAAAUAUGCUGAAUAUAGAAUGGUUAAAGUUACAGAGAAAUCUCUUAAAAGUUUAAAGAGUGGUGUAUUUGAUGUUUUACCAUCCAAUGCUCUGGAAGGUUUAACAGCAGAAGAUUUACGUCUGUUAUUAAAUGGUGUUGGUAAUAUCAAUGUCCAGACACUCAUCAGCUAUACAUCAUUCAAUGAUGAGAGUGGAGAAAAUGGUGAGAGGGUACAGAGAUUUAAACGGUGGUUCUGGUCAGUUGUAGAAAAAAUGAACAACCGAGAAAGACAAGACAUGGUAUAUUUUUGGACAUCCAGUCCUGCGUUACCUGCUAGUGAAGAGGGAUUUCAGCCUAUGCCAAGUAUUACUAUACGACCAGCUGAUGACGAGCAUCUACCAACAGCCAAUACAUGCAUAUCUCGUCUCUAUAUUCCUCUGUAUUCAUCUAAGACAGUUCUACGGGCCAAAUUGUUAUUAGCCAUUAAGACUAAGGCCUUUGGUUUCGUGUGAUCGAAAAGAUCUUAAUAUGUGAAUAUAUUAUCGACAACAUCUAUUUUCCAACUAGCUAGAAUAUCUGUGAUCAUUAAUUAAGACUCGCUGUGAAUGGAGUAUCAUAUGAUGGAUUUUGGAUUGAUGUGAAAGGACAUUUUAAUAAAUCAUUGUUUAGGUUUCUUUGGUUUUAAGAACUUCAGACAAAUAAUGUUGGUUUUUAAAACCAUAUGUUUUCUGUAAUACUUACAUGUGACAUAUAAAAGUAGUUGGUUGAAUUGUAUAUUAAUAACUAAUUGAUUCAGAAGGACAAUUUUUUAGGAUUAGCAAGUGAAAUAUACAUUUCAUGGACGUUUUAGUAAACUGUGAAUGAAAAGAGGAAAUUGAAACAGAGGAAACGUUAGCAGUAUUGACAGUUUUUAAACAGAUGUUUGAAAGAUUGGGGCAUUUAGUAUGAUAUCCGUCUGUGAACCGAAAAUUACUAGCUUGUUACAGGACUUUACAGAGUCCUUCAAUUCCAAGCCUUGCUUUUUAUAUAUGUUACAGUUGAUAUUUAAAUUAGAAAAUCUAAUCCAAGAGAAAAAAGAUGAACUGUUCUGUUACAGGGAAAAAAAGAUAUAUUGAAUUGUAUAUUUUAAGUACAUUGCUUGAGUUUGUAAUUUUUGUCAUGUGACAUGCACAUUAACUGACCGGUAGAUUUCUCUUUAAGAUAUUUUAAUGCUAGUCAGCCAUUCACUGGCAAAAACUCAAAACAAGUGCUAUUUGAGUAAGUUUUAUUAGGCAAAGUAUAAAGUGAAUUCAUUGCUCUGAAAAUGGUGUUAGUUUCAAACUUGGGAUUUUCAAAUUCUGAUGACAGAUUUUAAAUGAUUUAUAAGUUGUAAAUAAACAAAAACAACUUCAGAAACAUUUAUUAAUUGAAACUAUUAAAAGGUAUAUGAAUCGUUGAUUCAUCAAUUCAUUAAAGGGUGUAUUCAGCUUGUGUGAUUGUUGCUUUACACAAAUAAUUUGUUUAAAUUUAUAUCAGGACAGUGGACACCCUCCGCAUGACUUGAACAUUGUAAAGCAGUAUGUUUGUAACAAAGUAAAUUCUAGAAGACAAUAAAUAGUUUAUAUUUCUUUAAUUCUUAAAGAAAGACAUACUUUCUCCAAUAUUUUAAUUGGUUGAGGGUUUUUUCAAUGGGCAUUCAGACAUUGUCUAAGAAUUUUGGACCAUAAAAAUGGGGAUUUAUAAUUAAAAUAAUUGAAGAUGAUUGUGAAUUGGAUAUAUUGUGAAGUUAUUUGUAUAAUAUAUUAUUGUGGGUACAUGUAACAACCUGUAAUUGUGUACAAGAUGAGAAUAAAAAAUGAACAUUAA